UUAUUGAAAACGAACUUGAAUCUGCUGUCCAGGAGCCAGUAGGAUUGAGGCACUUGGCGGAAUCAAAAUGAGCCGUAAAUCGUCCUCUUCUUCGUCUGACAGUGAAGUGUCGGUUGAGAAAGUUGUUCCUCCACUCCAUGAUGAAUCAACAACGUCUCACCCUACUCCGGAGAAACCUUUGGACGUGGAGCAACCCGAUAAGAAUGUGAAAUUGAAAUAUCCGAAAUCGGUUUUUUGCAUUAUCGUCAAUGAAUUUUGCGAAAGAUUUAAUUUCUAUGGAAUGCGAACCGUUUUGACGCUCUACAUGAGUCAAAUUCUCAAUUUCUCGGAAGAUAAAGCGACCAUCUUUUAUCAUUCGUUUCUUAUGCUCAGCUAUUUUUCACCGAUUCCGGGUUCCAUCUUGGCAGACACCUACCUUGGCAAAUUCAAAACAAUUGCGAUUCUGUCCAUUUUCUACGCCUUCGGAAGCAUCAUACUCGCCGUUGCGGCCAUUCCGAAUUUCCUUCCGCAAAUCGGGUUCUCUAUGACGGGCUUACUCAUUAUUGCAAUCGGAACUGGCGGGAUCAAACCUUGCGUGUCGGCCUUUGGCGGGGAUCAGUUCGUCCGACCUCAGCAGGAUAGGCAGCUGGAAUCUUUCUUUUCUGUCUUUUACUUUUCAGUUAACGCAGGAUCUCUAAUUUCCACGGCUGUGACACCAAUUCUUCGAGAAGAUGUUUCGUGUUUUGGGGACGACACUUGCUAUCCUUUGGCGUUUGGCGUUCCUGCAGUCCUCAUGCUCAUCUCCGUUGUAAUUUUCCUUGCGGGAAAACCUUUGUACACGAUCAAGAAACCACAAGGCAACAUCAUGGGGGAAUUCUUCAAAUGCAUUGGGCAUGCCAUUAGCCGUAAAUGGAAGGCCAAAGGCGAGAAACAUGAUCAUUGGUUGGAUUUCGCGUCUGACAAAUUCGACAAACAAUUAAUUGAAGACGUCAAGCGGGUGUUGUCCGUCGGAUUCGUUUUCAUUCCUCUUCCCGUCUUUUGGGCCCUGUACGAUCAGCAGGGUUCACGUUGGACGUUCCAAGCUACGCGCAUGAACGGAGACUUGGGAGGUGUUGUGAUCAAGCCCGACCAAAUGCAAAUCAUUAACCCGCUUCUGAUUUUAAUUUUGGUGCCAAUUUUUGAGACCGUGAUCUACCCCUGUUUUAAAAAGAGCGGUUUAUUAACGCCUCUCCGGAGAAUCGGAUGCGGUCUCGUUUUAUGUGGCCUAUCGUUUGUUGUUUCUGGUUUUGUUGAAAUCGCUCUCGAGCCCACGUAUGCCAUCAUACCGAGUAACGGUCGCAUGCAGCUCAACUUUAUCAACACCCUGCCUUGCAAAGUCAACGUAAAAUAUGCAGUUUCAGACAAAAACGGAGAGUUAGUGCUUGAAGGGAACAAGUACGAAUUCGCACAAGACUUGGAGGCAGAACAAGAGAUUAUUGUUAGGGCCUAUCUUGAGAGUGGAGACUGUAGCAACUUCAUCCAAUUGAAUGGCUUUGAAACUGGAGAAGUCAAUCUAGGAAAAGGAAAUGGAACGCAAGGCUACUCGGUCUUGAUCACGGAGCGUGACAACAAUUUGACGAUAACUCGCCUGGACAAAGAGGAGCAGCUGGAAAAAUCGAACACUGGAGAUCCAUAUGUGGCUUUUUUCUUGGACGACCGUACCUUCGAAGAAUAUUCCGGAUGGAAUAUAACGAUGCUGCAGAAAAUCAAAAAGAAAACCUUUGAAUACGUUUAUGUUUUAAACGACACCGCUCCAACUACUCCGGCUGUCGACAGCAUUGUACAAACCGACUACCAAAAAACCGAAAUAGGAUCGUACGAAUUGUUUCUCAACGGAGAAAAUAUUGGGAAUUUGGAAAAUCUCAUUCAAGGCGGCGUGUACAGAGUUGUAAUCCAAAAGGCUCUCAAUGGAUCCGCCUACUAUGAUGUUAUGACCGUGCAAGUAACACCGCCAAACACUGUCGGUAUCCUCUGGCUACUUCCGCAAUAUUUUGUCGUAACGUUCGGUGAGGUCAUGUUUUCCGUCACUGGACUUUCGUUUUCGUAUUCUCAAGCACCGAUUAGCAUGAAGUCCGUCAUGACGGCCAUUUGGUUAAUGGUGGUAGCCUUUGGUAAUUUGAUUGAUAUCAUUGUGAUCGCAGUUCAGUCCGGUGCAACCGGCGAGGGUAUGAGUCAGGCGAGUGAAUUCUUCAUGUUUGCCGGCAUCAUGGGAAUAGCGGUCGUAUUAUUUACGCUCAUGUCAUGGAAUUAUAAAUACGUCGAAGACAUUAAAAUUGAAGACGAGAAAAAGCGUCUGUCUGCGGUAUCAAAUCAUAAGAGUGAUUCUUCAUCUUCGUCUUCUUCCGAUUCCGACGACGAGAAAGGAAAAGAAAACAAGGGCUUUUCCGAAUAAAUGUAUAAUUUGCAUGAAAAUACUUUAAACAAAUAAAUAACUAGCCCAUUGGUAUGCUAGCACUACCAAACUAUUCGACAAAUAAAACUAAUUCCUCCCAUGAAA